AUUUUAUUGGAGUCUAAAUGAAGUAUGAUGCAAAUUAAUAGCCUGUUGUUGAAGCAAUGUUUGAGGCAUUGUUUUUGAGGCGUUCCGUACUUUGGAUAUGUCGCUGGUGCACUGUGUGUCCACUAUUAUUGUAUAUCAAUGUUCAAGCACCAGCGUAACACACGUGGGGCAUUUUCCAAGAUGGCAGCGCCCAGCUUCAAUCAUCUCCAAGCAACAGACUAUGGAAGAGUUCAUGAAAAACAACAUGUUCCGCUACAAGAACUAACGAGGCCUCACAUAGAGUCCUUCAACUACUUCCUUCAGGAGGGACUGGCCCUCUCUGCAAGACAAAUCCCACCAGUAGAGUUCACUCUCGGACAAGAAAGGGUCUCCCUUGCAAUCAGGGAUGCAAUUAUCGGAGCACCAGAGGUAUCCCACACCAAUCGUCAUGCAGCAACUUUAAGAGUUUUCCCUUCAGAGUGUAGACAGCGUGGGACGACGUACCGCGCCAAAAUCCAAGCCAGUGUGUCAUGGGCCUCAAGCAGUGGAAGAGAAGGAGUCAAAGAUAUGUUGUUGGGUGAUAUCCCAAUCAUGGUCAAGUCUGACAAAUGUAACCUCAACAAGAUGUCUCCAGCUCAACUCAUCCAACAUCAAGAGGAGGCGGAAGAGAUGGGUGGAUACUUCAUCGUCAACGGUAUCGAGAGAGUCAUCAGAAUGCUGGUCAUGCCCAGAAGAAACUAUCCAAUGGCCGUCAACAGACCCAGAUGGAAGACGAGAGGCCGUUUCUUUACUGAAUUUGGUGUCACCAUGAGAUGUGUCCAGAACGACCAAACAUCAGGGAAUUUAAUUCUUCACUACUUGAACAAUGGCUCGGUCGUCUUGAGCUUCACGUGUCUUAAGGAAAUGUUCUUCAUCUCCCUAGUAACUCUUCUAAAGGCUCUUGUAGACACCACAGAUCAACACAUCUAUCAUGAGAUUCUUAAAGGGAAAGAAGAUGACACGUUUCUCAUAGGCUGUGUAACAGAGAUGCUUCGCCACGCCCAAGCCAAGAACCUGACCACACAACAAAACAUCUUAGACUUUAUGGGAGAACAGUUCCGCAACAAACUGAGAAUGCCGGAAUGGUAUUCGACUGAGAAGGUGGCCAAGUUCCUCCUCAAGCAACACAUUUGCGUCCAUCUCGACUCUCACUCGGACAAAUUCAAUGCUCUGAUCCUGAUGGCCAGGAAACUGUUUUUCUUUGCCCGGGGUCACUGCGCUUCGGACAAUCUGGAUAGCCCAAUGAAUCAGGAGGUUCUCCUUGCAGGUCACCUCUACCAGAUGGUCUUAAAGGAAAAAAUGCAGAAUUGGCUUGUCGGCCUUCGUUACGCUUUAGAGAAGAAAGCUACAAAUGCUGCGACUAAUUUCAUUCUGAAUAACGCAUCUGUCUCCUUGGCAGUAAGGGCAGUCAGUGACUUAACAAAACCUAUGGAGUAUCUACUUGCAACCGGUAACCUUGCUUCAAAGACUGGGCUGGGACUAAUGCAGGCAUCUGGGUUGACUGUGGUUGCAGACAAGCUGAACUUCAUGAGAUUUGUCUCUCAUUUCCGCUGCAUCCAUCGUGGGUCCUUCUUUGCGCAGAUGAGAACCACGUCUGUCAGAAAACUGCUGCCAGAGGCUUGGGGUUUCUUGUGCCCUGUCCACACCCCUGACGGUGCCCCUUGUGGCCUUAUGAACCACCUCUCCGCAUCGUGUCAAGUAACCAACACCCAACCGAUGACGUCACACCUGCCCCGCCUCCUCGCUAACCUCGGAAUGGCCCCUCUAGACGGCCCCGCCCCUGCAGCGUUCACAGACUGCUAUGAGGUCGUUCUGGAUGGGCGUGUCGUGGGAAUGGUUGCUAAGGAUGUGGCCCCGGAGCUUGCCAAGAACCUGGGGACCUUGAAAGCCAAGGAGGAGAAAGGGGUUCCGGCCACUUUGGAGAUUGUCCUGGUACCCAAGACGAAGCACGCCAGUGAAUACCCAGGCCUCUUCUUGUUCUCAACUCCAGCCCGGCUGAUGAGACCAGUCUUCAAUCUGGCCACCCAAUCCACGCAUCUGAUUGGCUCCUUUGAGCAGGUGUAUAUGAACAUUGCCGUCACGCGCAAAGAAAUCCACGAAGGGAUAACUACCCACUUGGAACUGAGCGAGGGCGGUAUACUCAGUGCUGUUGCGAGUCUUACGCCAUUCUCGGAUUUCAACCAGAGUCCUCGUAACAUGUAUCAAUGUCAGAUGGGGAAACAGACCAUGGGCACACCAGCUCACACCCUACAGUUCCGUAACGAUCAUAAGAUGUACCGACUACAAACUCCGCAGUCUCCUCUAGUCAGACCCCACGCCUACGAUAACCUCAACUUUGAUGAUUAUCCACUGGGCACUAAUGCUGUUGUUGCCGUCAUCUCUUACACUGGAUAUGAUAUGGAGGACGCCAUGAUACUCAACAAGUCAUCGGUUGAGAGAGGGUUCGCUCACGGUACCAUCUACAAGACAGAAGAAAUCGACUUGAGAAAAAAAUCUGACUCGCAUCCGACUAAAGUCAUACUCCUCUUCGGUUCUGAUAUGACAAACACAAGAGUUCAAGGCAAGUUGGACAUAGACGGACUCCCACCCAUCGGCACGGUCCUAGAACCUGGGGAUCCGUUUUACAGCAUGUUCAAUGUGGAGACGAGACUGUACAAAGUUGAGACAUACAAAGGAAUGGAGACGGCAGUUGUAGAUAAUAUUAAAGUGACGGGAACUGAUUUUGGGCUCCAAGAAUGCCAGAAAGCUUACAUCCAACUCAGAAUACAGAGGAAUCCCAUCAUCGGGGACAAGUUUUCCAGUCGGCACGGACAGAAGGGUAUCUGCAGCCAACGGUGGCCGACAGAGAACAUGCCGUUCACUGAGAGCGGGAUGACACCGGAUAUCCUCUUCAACCCUCACGGUUUCCCGUCACGUAUGACCAUCGGUAUGAUGAUAGAGAGCAUGGCAGGCAAAUCUAGCAGCCUACACGGCAUGUGCCAUGACGCUACGCCGUUCACAUUCUCAGAAGACGAGCCGGCUGUGGAUUACUUUGGGAGACUCCUCAGGGCAGGUGGUUAUAACUACUACGGUACAGAGAGAAUGUACAGUGGUGCGACUGGCGUCGAGCUGGAAGCAGAUAUUUUCUUUGGCGUUGUCUACUACCAGCGACUCAGACAUAUGGUGUCCGAUAAGUUUCAGGUUCGUUCUACUGGACCCAUAGACAUUUUGACCCAUCAACCAAUCAAGGGGCGUAAGAGAGCAGGUGGUAUCCGCUUUGGUGAGAUGGAAAGAGAUUCCUUACUCGCUCAUGGAACAUCUUUCCUCCUUCAAGACAGACUUCUUAACUGCUCGGACAAGAGCAUGAGUCACAUAUGCACCAAGUGUGGAACCAUAUUGGGUGUCAACCUUGACAAACCUAAUGCAGACCAAGAUGACGAUGGACUGAACAGUGCCCUCUUUGGCUCAACGCAAAAAUGGACAUGCAGUGCGUGUCAAUCGGCCGACAAUAUCGAUGUCGUGACGAUACCGUACGUCUUCCAGUAUCUUGUUGCUGAGUUAUCAGCGAUGAACGUCAAAGUCAAAUUGGAUGUAAAAUGAAGCGCUUUUUCUCGGCUCAACUCCAAACUAGACAAGAAAAUUGUGGUUUUCCUGCCAUUCAAAUGAGCAUCGAUGUGGUAUAAAGUAGUUAAGUCUGUCCCCACGUCCCAAGCCAAUACGGCUCAUCAGUCCGAUAUUUAUAUCCAGUUUCCUUGAUAUUAAACAACUGAGAAUAUUUCUAUUCCCCGUGGACAGGAUUAACUUAGACAGGAUGCCAGUCCAUCGCAGUGUUCUCCCUUGCUUCGCCAGUGUCCAUUUGAACUACUUGGUAGAGAGAAGCAAUUAAGAUAAAGGGCCUUGCUGAAGGACCAGGCCAGGAUUUUAACCAACAAUCUGUUAAGUACGGAACUUCAGUCCUCUGCCCUAUAAACGCUUGGCCAUGACACCCAACUGAUUUAGUGUGCCAGACAUUUUUUAUUAUGCAGAGUUAUCCAUUGAUUGUAAACAUUAAUCUUGACAUUCAAUUACACUGGCACGCAACUUUUCAGCUGAUCAAGUGAUUUCCUCUUUUUCGUUUCAAAACAGUGCCAUAGAAAACUGAAAAACACUGAACAAAAGUUAAGUGUGAUCGGCCAUUUCCCCUCUUCUUUUUUUUUGCAAUUAGAAAGCUGCAUGUCUGAUACACGCCCAGUUGCAAAAACUAAAUAGUACACAUUUUCCAUCUGGUGAUCAGGUACCAUUGAUUCCAGUAAUAAGGUGUGGCAUUUGUGUUUAAAAUUUGAUACGCUGUCCGCAAUGCCGGCAGGGAACUAGACAUUUUCCAGCAUGCUGUCUGGAGAGCUGUGGCAACAUGUCAUGGGGGUGCCUGGCAUAUCAUCAUUAUUAUUUAUAAAUCAAAUAAUGUGAAAAUACAGGCAAAAAGAAUGUUGACAUUUGUAUGAUAUGUGUACAAUAUUUAUGUAUUCAGUUAUACAGAAAUGAAUAUUAAUUUUAGACAAUUAGUUACAGCCACUGACGGUUAGCCUUUCAGGUUGUUUUACAUUGAGAGAAGGGGUACCAUUGGGUGCGUUCGAUUAGCUUCCCCGGGUCGACCCCGGUGUGUGGCGUUUUCUU